AACGAAGGGCUAACAGUAGCAAGUAGCAGAUUAGAUACAGACCAAGUGGAAAGCAGUGGAAGGCAGUGGAAAGGAGAAAUAUAUUUAAAUAGAUUGUUUUUUCAAUAAAUGUGAUUGGAGAUAUCUAUGAUUGACUUGUAAAGUAAAAGUUUUUGUAAUAUAAUAUAUAAUAUAAGGUAAUAGAAGAUAAUAGAAGAUAAUAGAAAAUCCCAAAGAACAGUAUAAUAUAGGAUAGCAUAGUACAGCAUAGCAUAGUAUGGCGCUACAUAAUUACAUUUAUUCCAAGCAUCAAGAUGAUGUUAUCGACAAAAUAGCCAGACCCAGUGAUUACAAUUUCAACAAGUUUCGAUUAAGAAAGAGUGAUCCGAACAGUGAGCUCAAGGUCAAACACAAACACAAAUACAAAUACAAAGACAAAAGCAAAAGUCAAAAGCGCAGGCAAAGCCCAAACAGAGAGCAGAAUAAUAGUAGUGCUCAUGCUAGUCACAAAAGGGAAAGACAUGGAGGUGGCAGACUGGCCAAUGAGAGCGGUGGAAAAGAAGAUAAAGAGAAGAAAGAGCAAAAUGGAACAGAUGAGCAAAGUGGGAUUGAAAAGAAGAGUGAGCAUAGGGAUCACACCCAUCGCUUAGGCAGCGAUGAGAGCAGCACCAAAAGGGCAGACAAAGAUGGUGGAGAGCAGCUGCUUGCUGGGCACGAUUCAGACAAAGAAGUUACAAAAGAUGACGCCAGCAAGCUUCUUGAGAGAUGAUAUAUAAAAUGUAAAUGCUAUUUGACACCUAUCUUUCAUUGUAAGAAAGCUCUUAGUCCAGAUA